UGCCACCUGUCAGUGUCCAUCAGUGCCAGCUGUCAGUGCUCCCAUCAGUGCCACCUAUCAAUGCCAGUCAGUGCUACCUAUCACUGCUGCCAAUCAGUGCCACCUAUCAGUGCCAGUCGGUGCCGCCUAUCAGUGCCAGUCAGUGCCACCUAUCAGUGUGCAUCAGUGCCGCCUAUCAGUGCCCAUCAGUGCUGCCUAACAGUGCCAGUCAGUGCCACCUAACAGUGCCAGUCAGUGCCGCCUAUCAGUGCCAGUCAGUGUCACCUAUCAGUGCCGCCUAUCAGUGCAACAUAUGAG